UAAAUUCACACGCAUUUAAGCGUGUGAUAAUUGGAAUCGAUCAUUAUGCCCUUUUUCAACAAAACACCCGCGCCAAUACGCAACGCUACUUUCUCUGCACCCGGGCGCUCUCUGCGCGAGUUUCUGCUUUUUGCAAACAUGAGAAAAAAGCUCGCCGCCCAACAUACCCUCCUUCUCUCUAACACCCCAUCCACCCCCACCACCACCCCUAUCCUCACCCUCGUCUUCAUCCUCUCGGUGCAGCUGAGAGAGCGCGCAUGUGACUCGAAAUACUACUGACCUACUAAAAGGAAAGCUUCUCUACCGAUCGGCGAUCAUGUUCGCACACACACACACACACAGCUGUCAGGUUGAGGGCCGUGUCUUGACAGUGUGUUCCGGUUCCCGUGUUCGCGAGUCGCGCUGGUUUAAACCCGCACGGCGCCGCAGUAUGUGUGUAUGCUUGCUCUGCUUUCUCUCUCGUUCCGUGCGUGCGCGCUAGGGGUGGUGGCAAUGCACCUUGGCCAUGUGUCCGGAGAUUGGACUGCUGCCGCUGCUGCUGCUGUGUUCGUGAGAGGAACGUGUGUGGCGGAUUCGGUUUACCGACGACCGACGACGCACGGUUUCCCGGACGGUGCGAACCUACACUAGACCAGUCCUAUUCAGGCAACGGUUUGAGCCGCCAGGCGAAAGGCUUUCUCGUCGCACUCGUUGCAGUUCCGGAGCAGUACUCCAUCCGUUAAGCAGGUGUGUGUCAUCUUCAUCUUGAUCGUGCGUGACCGUUUGGUUUGGGCGUUGUUUUGUGGAUCAUUUUCAAGCGAAAUUCUGCAAGCGAACAGCAUGUGACAAAUGAAGUGUGCAACUACAUUAAUUAACAAAUUGUCUCUCAACAGCGUCGUUCGACAACAGUGUUUCUAGUGCCAAAAGUGCCUCGAUAAAAAAAUACAAAAAUAGAAUAAAAUUGUGUUUAAAACGCUACAAACAGCCAUAACCGUCGCGGGUCGCACAAAAUCGCACACCCGGUGUAGAAAGCAAAAGAAAGGAAAAGGAGAAAGUUGAGCAAGUGCCCGGUGUGUGUGUGUGUGUGUGUGUGUGCUGUUCGGUCUGCCGCUUUAUAUUUGUUUUAAGCCUUUUGCGGCGCGCGAUGAUUAAAUAAGUUCGAUCGAGUGCGUGUCCGAAGUGAGCGACCACCAAACAGGGACCAUCCCGCGGGACCAUGAUCGCCAGCAUGGGUGGCAACGUGCCGUCGUGCUACUGCUACCGGUGGAAACCGAACCGGCCGGAUGAGUGAAGCACAGCGCACGAUCGAGUGUUGUGUGUUGUUGCGAAUUUUCUUCCCUAUAAAGUGGGCGCGCGGAGUGUUAAUGAAUAAUUACACUAAUUGUUGCCAUUUAUGGUGACGAAAAGCCGAGCCGAGAAAAGCGUCCGUCUUUAUAAGCCCAGCCCCUGUGUGGUAGAGCAAGUGCACACAGUUGCACAGGUUGCGGCGUGCCCAUCUUAAGGGGUUCGACAAACAAGCACAACGGAAAAUAACCGGGGAGCUUGGUGCGCCGAAGCAUUCGAGGCAGAUUAUCGGCCGUAGUGCGGCGGAGGUAACAAACAAGUACCACAGACACACAUCGGGACAAUUCUGGCCGGUUUUGUUGGUCAGUCGGUUGGUGUGUGUGUUGGAAACUGGAAACUCGAACGGGAUCGGAUGCGGCCGUGCGAUCGGUCCGGACUGAUCAUAACAUACGGAAAGGUGAAGUUAGGCGUAGUGUACGUGUAGUGCAGUGCAGUCGGGCAGUUGCAAAACAUUUGUAUUACUAAGGUGACACUUAAUUCCCGACUCAUCACUCAACGGAUGAUGGCGUUUCAUAGCGAUCGUGUACCUAGUUGGCAAACGACGCGUGGUUUGCUGGGCUGGUGCAUUGUUUCAACCAUGCUGCUGUUGCUUUUGCUGAUUCCGAUCGUAUCGACAGCCGAGAGCUAUGGAUACGAUUCGGCGUCAUCCUGCGACCCAACGAGAGCCUCCCGCCGGGGACGUUCACAGCUCCUGAAAACCAUUCCCUGCGAUCUGAGCGUGCAGGCGUACUGCAAUCUGCCCGGUUCCGCAUAUCCCUGGCAUGCCGUGCGUCGGUUUGUGCACGAAAACCAGGGCCUGAUGCGCCGGAUGUACGGCGACGUGCGGCACAUAUCGGUGCUGAAGGAGGAGUUUGAAAACAACGAGAUCGACAUUGACGAUAUCGAUCGUGCGACGGAGCGGUACACGAGGCCCUCCGGCCAUCUUGCGUCGGCCGGCGGACGGGAUGGCAAGCGGAUGAAGUAUUUGCGGCCCUCCUCGCCCCACUACGAUGGAGGACCGGGUCACUAUCCGCGGGACAAGAGUAAUGAGAUCCCGCUGAAUGAGCCUCACUUCCGACCGACCCAGACGAAGACGACGGUUACGACGACAACCACAACGACGCCCAGUAGUAGUAGGAGCAGUACCACGUCAACUGACAGCAGUAGCACUACCACAACCAGCGCUACCACGACGACUCCGACCGUAGAGUCGAGUGAUAUCUCUACCACGGGUAAAAGCACUUCAACGACAACUGCGAGCAGUACCGGCACGAGUACGACCGUUGAGUCACCUCCGCCGAAAAAUGGUAGUCCAGCAUCGGUAGGGCAAACAGUGCCGUCCUCCACGCAGACCACAUUGGAGCUGCAGGAAGCAAACCCAUCAGUCGAGAGCAAAGCGGAGCAGCAGCAUGCAACUACUACCAGUACGCCGUCUACCGCCGACAAGAUCUCCCCAGUAGCUGGAUCCAGUGUUGUUCCAACCAACAAGAACUCCAUUCAAGCUGCGGAUACGGAAGCUAUCGAUAUGGACGCACUGUCUUCGCUAGCUAAGCUGGAAACGAAUGAAUCGUUACAGGCGACCUUCGCAUCCGGCGACAAAGACGUGGAAGAGACGGUUGUAAAGAUAUCCUCCACUCUGAAGCUCGCCUCGUCCAGUGCACCCGAGAAGGUAGAUGAUCGGAAGGAACCCCUGAACUCUGUCACAGAGAGUGGCGCUAAGGCCGGUGAGAUCGAGUCCACGAUCGGUAGCUAUCCCAAUGAUCGGCAAGAUACUGAAGAGACAGUAUCCGACGAUAUUGCUGCUGACGACCACGAUUCACUGAGCAGCAGCAGUAAAACGGUGGCAGAAUCGUUGAUACAACAUCAGCCGAUUCAGUCGACCAGCAAUGUACAGCAGCAGCAGCAGCAGCAAAAGAUACGAUUUGAGAGCAUUAAACCACACCCGGGAACGGUGACGGGCAGUUCGACGUCGGUAAAGAAGACAUCCAACCCCGAGGGGCAACUGUUCCAAGAUGCGGCCCAGAAAGAACCGCCCGUCGUUAAUGGGCGCGGAGUUAACGCUUGCCCCGUGAAGGAGGAGGUAGUCGCACCGUUCUGGGCCAACAAUACCCGGGGGGAGGUGCUCGCACUGCUGAACCUGUAUCCCUUCGAGCAAUACGUGCACUGGGAGAAGUGCACGCACGAGCUGAAGCAGAUGUACUGCCGCGAGGGCUGUCGCUGCGAGCAGCAGUACCGAUUGCACCGGCUGCUCGCCUACGACCCGCACAACGAGUGCCGUGGCAUCUUUUCCGACUGGUUCCGGUUCCCAUCCUGCUGCAUCUGCAAGUGUUACGAUAUGCCGUUCGAUUUCCGCGUCACCUCGCGCAGCCCUCGGUCGUUGACCAAGGAGUCGAUCGAGCUGGUGGAGGAUGAACUGCAGAAUGCCAUCUAUGAGCAUGCGGCCGACGAGUGGUACCGACCGAAGGAACAUGACGUUGAGUAAGUUGCAAGUGUGGGGAAUGGUAAGGACGUGUACAAGCGCGUUGCACACUUCCCACACCACCAUGUUGCGUCCAAAGGCUAGUGAUAAAAAUGUGAAACUUUUUUUUACUGUUGUAUCGUGCGGUUCGAAGGAGGAGGAGGAGGAGGAGCUGGUAGGGGAACGUUCGGACUGUUUUGUUUUUGUUUUUGUUACAUCGUACUGUAACACAUACGCGAAGGGAAGGAAACGCAUUAAACCGUAUAAUAAAUGUAACGAUUGAACGCGUCAUUGUUUUGUUUCAAAAAUUUUAUGAAUUUAAUAUAAUAAUAAUAGUAAUAAUAAUAGCAAUAAUAAUAUUAAUAAUAAUAUUUAUAUUAAUAUGUUUAAUAAACAAUUGUUAAUCGUAUAAAGAUAUAUAUGUAUAGUUGUAUAUCAGGAUUUGUAUACUCUACCAAAUUUCAAAAGAUACUAGGUCAUUGAUUGAUUCUGUUCCGCGUUUGAUUACAUUACGCACUCUACAGAAGAUAAACGAACCGACUCUUUGUUUGUUCCUAUCAUUUGCAGUAGAGCUAAUGGUGUUACUUUCUCCCUAUAUUGCUUGUAUCGCUCACAUCAUUUCCCUUUGCAUCUUCGACAUUAAUCUAACUGUCGUACUGAUUUUGAUUACCUUCCUUCUUUGCGCUGUGACUGGCGCCGGGGUUACAGUCAAACAAAACAAACAAGUAACAUAAAUUAUGCUUCGAUUGAACAAUUGUGAUGCACGAAACUGAAUGAAUGAAUAAAACAACAAAAUGAUGUAAAUACUAGCUGCUGCUGUUGCUGCCAACACCACAUUUGUAAAUAGCACACAACACACACACACACACAAAACAAUGAAAUGAAAACAAUCGGAAGCUCGCUUGCUGCUGCUGCUGCUGCUUGGCAAACAAACUUUCGCAUUCGUUUGUGAUUGAAUGGUUGAGGUAGUAAAAUAUUGUGCAUUUUGAAUACAUUUAGCACAGAGCAAAAAAAUAAAACAAGGAGAUCGCUAAACAACGUGUUACUUGCGAGUGAACUAAAACGGUACGAAGAACCGGUGUAUAUAGAAGUUAUGCUUCUCUGCUCUUACAGAUGGUACACUGCCGUACUUUCUUUUUCUUGUAACAAAUAUUCCUAUCAAUAAUUUUGAUAACUGGAAGACAUAACGGACGAGUAUAAACGAUCGAUCGACAAACAGUUCCAAUUCAAUCGGUACUCUUCGUCUAAUAGAACGAUUUAUCAAUCAUAACAGCAUCACCCCCUCCCUGGCAAAGGGGUUAGUCAAAUGUAACUUCAUUAAGCGCUUGGUUUCAGGGUACAGCGAUAUUUAAAUGUUCAAUCCCUCCUCCUCCUCCUCCUCGGCUCGUAUCAAUAAAUGCGUUCACUUUCCCGGAACGUAACAAUUGUAAUGCAUUUUGCAAAUUGCUCUAUACUAAAAGUAGAUAGUUUGGAAGACUUAUUUAUACUUUCAUAGGUUUUUAACGUUCAAUGUGUAAAAGAACAACUCAAAUUUACUGACUGUAAACGUGAAAACAACAUUCCGUAAAGCACGAUCAUAGCGACAACGACAGGUGGGUGUGAUUGAGCGAGCGGAAGAAGCUUUUUGUUCGAUUGUGUGCUAUCGAAUUCGGUAGAGAAUAUAUGAAUUCGUCUAGUGCGCCGAGUCUUCUACUACCCGGAGGACAUUCGUUGAUCUACAUAAAUGCACCCGUCCGUUCGUUAGUAACAUACAGACGUGUCUGCUGUAUUAAUUUGCUUGGAAAUCUGUGAGAUUCUGUAUAAGAUUGUUUUUGUUUUUCGUUGAUAAAAAUGCCGAAAUAGGGAUGCAAUGUAAUUGAGAGCUGCUAUAUC